AUGGCGGCAGGUGUUGAUGACGCGGGCAGACGAACAGGUCGUCGCGCCGACAGCAACAGUUGGCGUCUGGCCGUCGAGCUGCCUCGAGACGCUCUGAGGUGGCACCGUUGGCCGAUCGGACUGCCAGAACUGGGCCGAGUGAAGCCGGAGACGAGGAGGAAGCUGGCGGCUUGUCGUGACCAGCCGUCCUCGAGGCAGCGAAGGAGCGAGCAGAGCAAAGCCCUUGACUACAGCACAGAGGGUUGGGGCACUAUCGGUCGGAGACGACGACGACCAGUUGGAGGCGUCGCAAGAGGAGCAAGACAGGAGUAUGGAGUUAGUCAACUGGAAAAACCACUCUGUAGAUGA